AUGCACCUUCCAAGUUUCGUCGUGCCUUCGGCUCUUGCCGCACUCUCGGUCAACAUAGCUGUGCAAGCUGCUCCAGCUCCUCAACUGGUGCCCUCCUCCCUCAGCUCGCUCCUCUCCGGUUCCUCUCAACGUGUGUUCGGUCUUUCUUCUCCUCUCCCCGUGGACGAAUCCGAGUCCCCAAAUGCACCUACAGACUUUGUUGACGUUUUGCUUUCCGAAGCUUCGCUGGCUGUGGAGGAGGCUCAACUGGGAAAACAGGAUGGACCCUCGCCUGGUGGUUGGGUAUGGAAAUCUUGCGGCGAAGAGACGGAUGCGGUGGAGGUCAAGAGCAUCGAGGUCACUCCCGAUCCUCCCAAGCCGGGUCAAAACCUCACCGUCACUGCUAGCGGUAUCGUCAAGAGUCGCAUCGAGGUGAGUAAAGUGGGGAGACGUGUAGCCUGAGCGAAGGGCACUGCGGCGCACUUGCGCAUGUGGAUCGACAUCGGAACUUCGCUGUCGUCGGGAAAGGCGCUUGGCGUCUUGUUGCUCAAUGUCUUGCACGCGCAAGACAGACUCCAUCACUCUACCACCUGCGACUCUUUCAGUCCACUGCAUGCUUACUCGUUCAUGGCUCUGAUGCCAUCCAUGUCCACAGGCAGGCACCUACGCCGAUGUAGUGGUCAAGCUGGGUCUGAUCAAGCUCCUCACUCGUCGUUUUGAUGUAUGCGAAGAGGCCAAGAAGAACGAUGCAGAGGUGCAAUGUCCAGUGGAAGCUGGAGAGUACAAGAUCACUCAGACCGUCGCCUUGCCCAGAGAGAUCCCGCCUGGUGAGUCUUUCCGGCUGGGCGGAGUGUUCUUGAGAUUGUUCGGGCAGGCUGCACGACUGACAAAUGACUCGUGACCGGGGCCACGUCGACAUCGCAGCCAAAUUUAAUGUGCACGUGAACGGAGCUACUCAGGAUGAGCAGAACCUUCUGUGCUUGGAUCUUAGCGUGAGUGUCUCGCUGGCAUCUGCCUUUAGGAUGGGGCGUUGAGACAUCUCCCCUCGCCAUUCGCUUGCCCCUUCCAACGCUCAUUUUGCAGAUCGACUUCAUGAACCGAAGACGAUUCGCUUGA